GCCGUCACGGACGAGAACCGUGCUGACUGUCCCUUCACUGUCACCGUUGUCUCAGAGCCGGAGCGCAGCGAGAGGGACGGCCCCAAGUCGAAGAAGAGGAAGCAUGACAAAUCCGACGAGGACACCAACAAAAAGGUCCAGACGCAAAACGCCGUUUUCCAUCCCGAAGGCAAAUUCAAGACGAGCCAAUCCUUGAAGCUCUACUACGCCGUAGAUCCCCGCAAGCAAUGGCUCGACAUGACACGCUACAACAGCUUCGUUCUGAACGGCGUCAAGUACUACACUGAAGACUUUGUCUAUGUGGCGAACGAGGCGACCAUGGAACGACAAAACUCCCUGCCUGCCGGCGCUACCAAAGUUGCCAAGAAGGCCGAUUACUGGGUAGCCCGGAUAUUGGAGGUUCGGGCCUCAGACGAACAUCACGUAUACGCCCGCGUAUAUUGGAUGUACUGGCCCGAGGAGCUGCCUUUGGGUACUCUGGACGGCAAGAAGCAAAUAUCUGGUCGCCAGCCAUACCAUGGACAGCAUGAGCUGGUCGCCUCCAAUCAUAUGGAUAUUAUCAAUGUUGUUAGUGUUGUGAUGGGCGUCAAUGUCAAGCAGUGGAUAGAAUCGAACGACGAUGACAUACAAGAAUCUCUUUAUUGGAGACAGGCGUUCAACUGCAGGACGUCGGAGCUAUCGUCGGUCGCCCUCGUCUGCAAGUGUAGGACUCCCGCCAAUCCCGACAAAACCUUGGUAGGCUGCUCCAAUAAGGCGUGCGAGGAGUGGAUGCAUUACGACUGCCUGCUCGACGAUGUCCUCACCCGAGUGUACGAUCGAUUGGGGACAGAUAUCCCCCACAAAUUGGAAAAGCCAGCCAUUAAGGAAGAGACAAAGGAAGAGCCAAAAGAUGAGCCAAAGGAAGGAACUAAGGGAGACCUGCCUUAUCGCCUGUUGAGCCCCUCAGUCGAGGGAGAAGACAGAAAAUCGCCAAUAGUUGCCAACAACGAGAUAAAAGAUCAAGUGCUCGUGAAGCAGGGGGAUGACGAAUCAUCCAAGGACACAGAAACUCCAACACCGGCACCGCAAAAUCCCUCGGACAAGUCUUCAAAAUUGGCCUUGGCAAAGCGAGGAAAGCGCAAGAAGUCGUCAAAGAAACCUUGGGAGGGUCUCUUCGAGGCUACGCUCAAGAUGAACGAAGGCCCCACGGUCUGGCAAGUAACAGAUUUAAGAGAGGGCGUUGAGGGAGGAGAGAAGAAGUGGACAGAACCGGCGUACUGCCUGCUGUGUGACACUCUCAUUGAGUAA